UGGCAACGUGAUUCAUCGUUGACAAUUGUAGACGCCGUGACAGAUGCCGGUCGAGGCACAAAUAUCAGUGCGCGUCGAUCGUUACCGCACCCUGGACCAAUUUUUUCACGGUAGAACUGUGUGCAGUUCUCUCAGUGGGACUUUUUAAAAGAUUCUCGUAUGCAUAACUUUGUUACAUCUUAUAUGCACGCUAGACGUAAACGUAUUCGGAUUAUUGUAACGUACUUCGACGAGACUCGCAGCAAACCAUCCUCUCAAGCAGGCGGCUGGAGAGUUGCUGAAACCAAAUGGUUAUUUCGUGACGAGUGAGAUAAAUUAAAUUUCAUUUGUUAUCGUCGACACAAGGCGCAAGAGGGAUGUACCUUUAUGAACUUGUCAGAAUGAACCUUGCGAAAAGCUGAAAACUCGACUGAUUGGCACACGGCGAUGUAGGUUCAGAGGAUCUUGGCAUGGGCAGCCAUUUCCAUGAAAAACGUUCCUUCGAAGAAUGUUUCUAGACGCAAGGAGCACGUUGUAGACCAGGCUUAAAUCCCGCAAAGGAGCAAGAGAGGAUUCGGCGUACACGGAGGCGGGUCAAGGUUGUAUUCGCUUUCGAAUAGAUCGGCGCCCCUUUUCCCAUUCAGACAAUUCCGGCGGACACCGCGCAAUUCAAUGGGCCUCGCACGGAUAAACGGCGCUCCACGAGGAACGUUAAGAGACGCCUGCAUGCCCGAACGCCGCGGCCUCUAAUCAGGGAGCGAGAUUCGAUUCAGCUGGCUUAAUCCAGGAUGGCUGUUGAAGCUGAUCGCUGGAAGAAAAAGACCUAUACCGAUCGGCUGCGCAAGGUAGCAUCGAGACGCGUGCCGAUCUUAGCGUGGUUACCGAAAUAUAACUCGGAAAAGUUCCUCAGCGAUGUCAUAGCCGGCAUAACAGUCGGUCUUACCGUUAUGCCACAGGGACUCGCGUAUGCAACAUUGGCUGGAUUGGAACCGCAGUAUGGUCUUUACUCGGCAUUUAUGGGUGCGAUAGUUUACGUGAUAUUUGGCUCCUGUAAAGAUAUUACAAUCGGCCCUACCGCGCUCAUGGCACUAAUGACUCACGACUAUGUGCGAGGAAGAAAUGCUGAUUUCGCCAUACUUCUAGCAUUCUUAUCCGGUUGCCUGCAAUUACUAAUGGCAUGCUUACGUUUAGGUGUACUUAUAGACUUUAUCUCGAUACCAGUCACUGUGGGCUUCACCUCAGCAACGUCCGUCAUAAUCGUUGCUUCGCAAUUGAAAGGAUUGUUGGGAUUAAAAAUCUCAUCCCAAGGAUUUCUGGAUACUUUGAUUAAAGUCUUUCAAAAUAUCGGUGACACGAGUCCAUGGGAUGCUGGGAUGAGUAUCUCUUGUAUCGCAAUUCUACUGUUGUUUAGGAAAAUGAAAGACGUCAAGUUGCAUGCCAUCGGCAAGAAGUCGACGAAUUAUCAGCGUAUAUUCGCGAAAGCGAUAUGGCUGAUCUCCACGGCGCGGAAUGCCAUUAUCGUUGUCACUUGCUCCGCCAUUGCUUACAAGUAUGACUCGUCCGAGUCUGGAGCUCCGUUCAUUCUGACGGGUCCAGUGAGAUCAGGUCUUCCACCGUUCGGUCUGCCACCUUUUUCCACGCAGAUAAAUAAUCAGACUUUUACCUUCACGCAAAUGUGCUCCGAAUUGGGUACUUCCAUAAUAUUGGUGCCGAUAAUAGCUGUGCUCGGCAACGUAGCCAUAGCUAAGGCCUUCAUGAACGAGGGCAAAGUCGACGCUUCCCAAGAACUCCUGACGCUUGGGAUCUGCAACGUUCUCGGGUCUUGCGCGAGUUCUAUGCCAGUUACAGGAUCGUUCAGUAGAUCAGCAGUGAAUCACGCCAGCGGCGUGAAAACUCCAAUGGGUGGACUGUACACCGGAAUUCUAAUUUUGCUGGCCCUCAGUCUACUUACACCAUACUUCUAUUACAUCCCGAAAGCUUCAUUAUCGGCCGUAAUCAUUUGCGCGGUAAUAUACAUGAUCGAAUACGAGGUUGUGAAACUGAUGUGGAAAUCGAGCAAAAAAGAUCUCGUACCGAUGUUUGUUACGUUUUUGUUUUGCCUCAUCAUCGGUGUGGAAUAUGGUAUUUUAUUAGGGGUCGGCAUAAAUUUGAUGUUCCUGUUGUAUCCUUCUGCAAGACCUACAGUUCACGUCGACAAGUACACGACCGAUUGUGGUGCAGAAUAUCUGUUGGUUACUCCAGGAAACAGUUUAUAUUUCCCAGCUGUCGACUUUAUAAAGCAGUCAGUUGGUAAUGCUGGUAUAAAGCAAGGAUCUAGUCAAGUACCGGUCGUUGUUGAUUGUAGAUACAUUUUAGGGGCAGACUUUACGGCUGCUAAGGGUAUGAAAACAUUGAUCAAUGAAUUUAGUAGUCGAAAACAGGGAUUGUAUUUCUACAACCCAAGAUCGGAUGUGGUUACUGUUUUGAAAGGUGCCUGCGGCGAUGAAUUUCAGUACGUUUCAACUCAGGAAGAGCUCUCUUACUUAUUAUCGACAAUUCAAGACAAAUCUUCGCAAUCACUUCUUGAGCCAACACAUGACAAAUUACAUGCGUCUUUAACAUUACAUAAUUCGGAGAUGAUUCACAGAAAUGCGCGUGGUUCCUGCCAUGAACUCAGUGAAGUCACAAGUACACUUUUACACGCGACUGCCAGUUGAAGUUAAAUUUCUUAUAUUUGACUUUUAUAUAUUAAUAAAAAAACAAGAAGUUUUAUUAAACAGAAUGUUACAUAGUUACAAUCUUUAUUUAAAUGAUAUUAAGCACACGAAACAAUAAAUUAAAAGCGACGUAGAAAUAAAGUUAUUUCUUAACAUGAGAA